AUGAAUUCCGCAAGAGUUCUUUUCCCAAGCGCAUUGCGCGCCUCCACCCGCCGCACCACGCCAUUGAAGAAUGUUAGCCCAUUCCGAAACCAACGACGCUCAUUGAUACCAGCACCAUCGGCCAACUCAGGCCCCCUCCUCGACCGCCGCGCCGACAGAGAACUACCAGCGCUAGAAUCACAAUUCCGAUGGGCUCGCACACUACCUAUAUUCGCCGUCCUCGUGGGGGCCGCCAUGUUCGGUAUCUUCAACUAUCAAAAGUCGUCAUCUAGCGUUGUGAGCAGUACGCUGUACGCCCUGAGGACUUCGAAGCAGGCUCGUGAGAUUCUGGGAGAUGAGAUUUACUUUGCUCAUAAGAUUCCUUGGAUCAGUGGGACGAUGGAUCAGUUGCAUGGCCGGAUCGAGAUAUCCUACUGGGUCAAGGGAACAAAGUCGAAGGGCAAGAUGCGAUUCAAGAGCAUUAGACCUGAUCGGACGAGUUAUUUUCGCACAGAGGCAUGGAGUCUUGAGACCGAGGACGGAAAAAUCAUCCAACUACUGGAAACGGAUCAAGACCCAUUCAAUUUGUCCGAUUAA